UACAUCUCAGUCCGGUCACAGUGACAUUGUAUUCGCCGAAACUGGCGAGCCGCGAGCUCAGCCGAAGGAUAUGCUUUCCGAUGGUCCGAUUCUCUACAAACACCCACCGUGUAAAAGAAUAUCCUUCCAAUAGUCCCUUCCCUGUCCCAUCAGAUUCUGUCUUUUUCCGGCAUAACCAGUUGAUAUACCACUCAUAAAUUUAACACCAUCCAGACAAGCUGCCAUCAUGCCCACUUCUGUUUCUAUAAAGCCUUCUUUCUCUCCCCCCACCUGCUCCCAAUCUACUUCUUUACUUCCUUCACAUAAACCUUCGAUAUCCAUUACAGUAUAUUCUUCAAGAACAAGACCCCUUUGCAUAAAGACUGGGUCUUUGAAGACUAGGCGAACGCCCUUUGUAGUUGCAGCCUCUCAGAAAAUGACCUUUACAGAUUACAGAGAAGAAGCGGAAGAAAACACUUCUCCUUUGCUUGAACCUGAGGCGACUUCAAGGCCUAGACGCAUUGCACUCUUUGUUGAGCCCUCUCCUUUCGCUUAUGUGUCUGGAUAUAAAAACCGGUUUCAGAAUUUCAUUAAGCAUCUACGUGAGAUGGGAGAUGAGGUAAUGGUUGUCACAACACAUGAAGGGGUGCCCAAAGAAUUUUACGGAGCAAAGGUGAUAGGAUCACUGAGCUUUCCCUUGCCCUGGUACCGCAAUGUUCCCCUGUCACUAGCUCUCAGCCCAAGAAUAAUCUCAGAAGUUGCCCGAUUUAAGCCUGACAUAAUACAUGCAUCAUCUCCUGGCAUAAUGGUAUUUGGAGCCCUCAUAAUUGCAAAACUGUUAUAUGUUCCUCUGGUUAUGUCUUAUCACACCCAUGUUCCUGUAUACAUUCCAAGAUAUACUUUUAGUUGGCUAGUCCAACCUAUGUGGUUAGUUAUAAAGUUUCUUCAUAGUGCUGCUGAUCUUACACUCGUUCCAUCUGCUGCCAUUGCAAAAGAUUUGGAAGCUUAUAAAGUUACUGCAGCUAAUAGAAUUCGUCUCUGGAAUAAGGGUGUGGAUUCUGAAAGAUUUCACCCUAGAUUCCGCUCACAAGAAAUGCGAUUAAGACUAAGCAAUAAUGAACCCGACAAGCCGUUGAUUGUCCACGUUGGGCGACUUGGGGUCGAGAAGAGCUUGGAUUUCCUUAAAAGGGUGAUGGAUAGACUUCCUGAUGUUCGGAUUGCUUUCAUAGGAGACGGACCAUACAGAGAGGAACUGGAGGAAAUGUUCAUCGGCAUGCCAGCGGUGUUCACCGGGAUGCUACAAGGGGAAGAGCUGUCUCAGGCGUAUGCCAGUGGGGAUGUUUUUGUAAUGCCUUCAGAAUCCGAGACGCUCGGGCUCGUUGUUUUAGAGGCCAUGUCGUCUGGACUUCCCGUAGUAGCUGCUCGUGCAGGAGGACUUACUGACAUCAUUCCAGAUGACCAGCAUGGAAAGACUGGCUAUCUGUUCAGUCCAGGGGAUCUUGACGACUGCUUGAGAAUACUGGAGCCUCUCUUGUCUGACCAUGAACUGAGAGAGACUAUUGGCAAAGCAGCAAGGGUAGAAAUGGAGAAGUAUGACUGGAGGGAGGCCACUAGAAACAUUCGGAACGAACAAUAUAGUGCUGCCAUUGGGUUCUGGAGGACAAAGAAAUCCCAGUUUCUCAGGCCCUUCCAAUGGCUAUUUAAGCGAGUAUUCCAGGCCCCACAGAUUGAAUAUAGGUGAAACAAAACGGUCUUUGCAUUCUUCUCUUGCAAAUUAUGUACAUUACCGAAGUAGCGUGCUGUAAGAUAUACUCCGUAUCAUGCACAGCUGAUUGCGCUUGUGCCAUUCAUGUUAGUUCUUUGCCUCUUGUUAAUUCAUUUGAAUUGGUAAUCCCAUAAUGAUUGGACUGCAGUUCAUUCCAACUACCCAAAUUCCAGCUUAGAGCGCCAUGUGGUUCUCAAACAUAAGUCUUCU